CUCGCUCUCCUUCUCUCUCGUGGAUCAUCAAAAGGGCCCGCCAAAGCAUUUCGGUCCUGGCUCCCAAUUCUCGAAGAAGGGACCUUCCCGUUGAAUGGACGACGGACUCGUGACGAAAAAAACAAGGGCAGGCAAAAAAUCUUGAUCCUUUUAAAUGCCUCAAACGUGGUCCAGGAUCGUGUCGUGGCCGUAGUGUUUCUCUUGCCGUCUGCCCUCGUGUUGGUCGGGAAGUGUGGCAGCCAAGUGGACAGUCUACGUAUGAAUUGAAACUCUGGCGCCUUGGUGUUUUUCUAUCAGCUUUGGAAAAUCGUAGUGUCGGUGGUUGCAACGAAAACUCCAGAUGGGUUUGUCCGCCUCACUUUGGGCUGCCAUAAAUCCAGAUAUCAUCAUGGGUCAUUAUAAUGUGGUGAUUUUGCCAGCCUUGGCCCAUUAAAUCGAGGUUCUAUGUGUACCGAGUGAACAACAACAUGCUCGGCAAUGAUGGAGGUUCAAAUGCAUAUUGGGUUUUGGAUCUCGCCUAACAUGAGGACAGCCAACUUGCGACGAUACUUGUGCUUCGGAUACAAAAGUGGAACUCGGAAGCAUGAAAAGGAAUCGGAGCACGUUUGAACCCAUGUCAUUUCAACUAGUUCAGAAACCCGGUUACACAUUCGUUGGUGCUACAGUGACACAUUCAAUAUUUUAAGGCUCUGUAGAGAAAGUCUGCAGCAUGUCGGUCUAACCCGAAACAAUUGAACUUUUACAUACUUGUGCUUGAAAAAUCGGCGAUUCCCACCCUGACUUCCCCUACCCCCAAACGUUAUUCCUGCUAUGUAGUGCUCGUUUCCAGUGUAGAUCAAUUAUCUGGUGUCAGUGAUUCCCGCGCUGUUCCGUGUUAUUCUAUAAUUUGUGAUACUCAUUCCUUUGCCGUCAAAGAGGUCUUAAUCCGCAUUCUCAAGGUUGGGCAAAAACAACGCACACGAGCUUACCAAAAUCAAAUCAUCUUUCGUAGACCAAUUGAACAAUUGUAUUGCCAGCAAAAUCGUUCCCGGAAAAGUGAUCUUCCCAUCAUCAUCAUCUGAUGAAGAUUGGAUUUUCAAGAACAGGUUUUCGAGGAGAGAUUUAGCCCGAAGGAGAAAAGGUCCGAAAUCUUUCGUGGUGGCGGCGCUCUCGAAAAUUUACGCAUGAAGAAGUGGUCAGUACCACGCAUUGGCAAGAGAUUGUCUUGGGCUUUGUACUUCGUUGUAAACGUGUGACCUGUGAACGUUUAGAGUAUCUAGACAAGAUCUCGGUGAAGUAACUCAAGUUUUAAGGUGGCUUAGUCUUGGCUCAGCUACUGAUUGUUGACUUCAUUCCUAUCAGAAGGGUGUGAUCACUCCAAGCAUUUUCCAAUUUUCAUGCAUACUAAAGCUUGUGGAGUUCAUCGAUUAUCGAUGAGCUUGAUCUCUCAUUCACUCGCUCAGUUCUGGUGCUAAAGUUUUUGAAUCGUUGAACGUGCUGCCAAACAAUUAGACUGAGCCCUGUGGGUGAAACGAGUGUAUUCAUUCAAAAUAACGUAUGACGGAGAGGACGGCUAUUAAGUCCUUCUCCGAAACUGAUCAUCAUAAAUCGCUUUCUGGGAGACCAUGACUGAUCAUGACGAACAAAGCGUUUCAAAUAGUUCGGGUGAAUCGCCUUCGUCUUCCAACGGGGUCAUCGCACCUCCUCAAUUAGAAGGUUCCUCAUCUGUUGUAUCCUCGGGUACAAGUGACAUCGAAGUUGCCAAGGAAUCAUCCCAGAUUUCAAAGCAUUCAGAUGAUCACACACGUCAGUCGGAACGAGGAACGGUUUCUCAUGAAAAACACCCGGUUUUCGACGAUCCCAGCAUCGUGACUCCGGCUCGGAAAAAGUCAGACGGAACAGUGUUGGUCGACUUGCCUCCGAAACCAUCGCCAUUCCUUCGGAGUACCACGACGAUGUCCAGUGUUGACAGUGAAAUGCUCGAGAAACAAGAGUUGACAUCCGGGGACGAGGCUUGCGAUGGUUUCAUCAGCCAAAUUGAUCAAGAUGGCAACAUCCAACAAGUCCCGGUGAAGUACGAGGAUCGCUUCAUGACUCCUGGAGAGGACGAUACGCCAAACAUGAUGGCGGACUUCAUCAGCGCUGACAUCUUGACCAAGCCGUUCAAUUUUGUGUCGGGCAAUGUGUCCAAAUCUCGAUUCAACCCAUUCCGGAAGAAGUCCGGAUUGCUCAACGUCUUGGCCAAACAAUCGACGAGAAAUCGCAUUGUGUCCAAGAAUGGGACACUCAAUACCAUGAGUGCAGCUGAUGGGAAGAGACAUCACUUCCUCAAGGAUAUCUUCAUCACCAUGAUUGAUAUUAGCUGGGGUUGGAUCUUUGUCGUCUUUGCUACUGGCUUCAUACUCAGUUGGUUUCUCUUUGCCAUCGUCUGGUACUUGACAAUGGUUCAACACGGGGACUUUGACGAAGAGAACAUUAGAAAUGAAACCUUUGUGCCUUGUGUCUCCGCCAUCAACGAUUUCACUUCCUGCUUCCUUUUCUCCAUCGAGACUCAGCACACCAUUGGCUAUGGUGGAAGGGCUACCACAGAGCAAUGUCCCUUCGCCAUUCUUGUUAUGUGCCUCCAGAGCAUUGUCGGCGUCAUCAUCCAGGCCUGUAUGGCUGGCAUCAUCUUUGCCAAAUUCACUGUGCCUCGGAAUCGCGGCGAAACUAUCAUGUUUAGCAAGAACGCUGUGAUCACCAUGAGAAACGGAGCCCUCAUGAUCUUAUGCCGCAUAUCCGACCUUCGAAAAGCAAGUCUCCUCGAGGCCCAUGUCCGUAUGAUCGUCAUUCGGAAGGAGAAAACCGACGAGGGAGAGAUUAUUCCAUACCAACAAACUGAUCUCGAGUGUGGCUCGGAAGUAGACGGAACCAAUGACCGGGUGCUCAUGCUCUGGCCAAUCACUCUUGGCCACAAGAUCGAUGUCGAGAGCCCUUUCUACGAAAUGGGACCCCGAGAUAUCCUGAACUCACAGUUUGAGAUUGUUAUUACCUUAGAGGGCGUCACAGAGGAAACGGGGAACACGAUUCAGGCUCGCACAUCGUAUCUUCCCAACGAAAUCCUAUGGGGCCAUCACUUCGAAAACGCGGCCGUGGCCUAUGACAAGAAGAACGGCGUCUACUCGAUCCAACACAACAUAAUCAAUAAGACCAUCGUGGACUUGACCCCUCGAUGCUCGGCCAAGCAAUUGCUCCACCGACGGGACAAGCGCAAUAGUUCGGCCAUGACCACGGCCAGCAGUAGCGGAGAGCUCUCUCCCGCUCCCCACCACGUGGGAGAGAGCCCAAGUGAUUGACAACGGCCCCACACCUCUUUGCGGCUAUCACAAUUUUAUACACGGAACGUCACUAAUUUUCUACGCAGGUUUUCUAACGAGCAUUACAAUUUAAGCAGACGAGACACCACCAACAAUAUUAAUCCUAACCCCCACCCCAACCCCUCGGUGAGCAAAUCGAAGAAGUCUAAAAAGUUGCGCGCUCUUAAUGCUCAACUUGCCACUGUGUCAGCUGACGUUAGCGCACGUGACGAAUCGAAGGGUGAAAGUGGAUGUACUAACGACAAUGACAGUGAGCAAGCGGGGUCCGGCAAGAAACGCAUCAAGAUGAUUAAAUUCAAAUUGCAAUAAGUGAUUGAACACGGACAUGCCCUGUAGUCUAUUAUGAACAUGCGAAUUUGAAACAAUAGCAACUUCUGUAUA